AUGGCGUCGGCGUCGUCUCAGCCAGGACCUAUGCAGGCAAACGCCAGCAAUACCCGACAAGCACAAUUCGAGCUCGGCACCACCCUCGCUCUAUUCUUCUGGCCCUCCCUCGGCCUCGCCGUAACCAACAACUGGGGCGGCCCUGAUAGCGCCGACAAACGCGAAUGGUUUGCACAAGCCACGAUCGACCUCCUCAGCGAGAAUCCCGAUGCGGAUGCCGAGUGGGUGGAGGAGUUUCUGCUACAGGUUAUGAUGGAUGAGUUUGAGGUUAAUGUGGAGGACGAGAGUGGGUAUGAGGUUGCGGAACAAAUGUUGCGGAUCAAGAAGGACUGCGAGAAGGGCGAGUUUGCGGAGGUUAAGACGCUGAAGGAGAGGUGGGAUAAGAAAGGCGGGAGAUCUGAGGAUUUGGGCGGGUUGUUUAAGAAGGCCGAAGGCGACGCGCAGGAAGAUGGGGAGGAUGAGGAUGGGACGAGUGAGGAGGGUAGUGAUGAUGAAGCCGGUGGUGCGGAUGUUGAUAUGGACGAGGCGCCUCCGCUGGUUAGGACCCGGGAGCCUGUAGUUCCAGAGGUGGAUGAGGAGGGGUUUACGAAGGUCACGAAAAAGAAGAGAUAA